AUGGAGCAGUCUAACAAACAGCACCGUAAGGCGAAGGAGAAGAACACAGCAAAAAAGAAGCUGCAUACGCAGGGCCAUAACGCAAAGGCCUUUGCUGUCGCAGCUCCUGGUAAAAUGGCGAGAACUAUGCAGAGGUCAAGUGAUGUAAAUGAAAGAAAACUGCAUGUACCUAUGGUUGAUCGUACUCCAGACGAUGAUCCGCCUCCAUUUAUCGUCGCUGUCGUUGGUCCACCUGGAACAGGUAAGACCACUUUAAUCAGGUCGCUAGUAAGGAGAAUGACCAAAAGCACUUUGAAUGAUAUUCAAGGACCUAUUACUGUCGUUUCUGGUAAACAUAGAAGAUUGACUUUUUUAGAAUGUCCUGCAGAUGAUUUAAACGGGAUGAUUGAUAUUGCUAAGAUUGCUGACUUAGUCCUUUUGCUAAUCGAUGGUAAUUUCGGCUUUGAAAUGGAAACAAUGGAAUUUUUGAAUAUUGCUCAACACCAUGGUAUGCCAAGAGUUCUUGGUGUAGCUACGCAUCUUGAUCUAUUUAAAUCACAGUCUACUUUGAGGGCCUCAAAGAAAAGAUUAAAGCAUAGAUUUUGGACAGAAGUUUACCAAGGUGCAAAGUUAUUUUAUUUAUCUGGUGUUAUUAAUGGAAGAUAUCCCGAUAGAGAAAUUUUGAAUCUUUCUCGAUUUAUAUCUGUUAUGAAAUUUAGACCAUUAAAAUGGAGAAACGAGCAUCCUUAUAUGUUAGCUGAUAGGUUCACAGAUUUGACUCAUCCCGAAUUAAUAGAGACCCAAGGACAGCAAAUAGAUCGUAGAAUUGCUCUCUAUGGUUAUUUGCACGGUACGCCGUUGCCCUCUGCUCCGGGCACUAGGGUGCAUAUUGCUGGUGUCGGUGAUUUCUCAAUAGCGCAGAUUGAGAAGUUACCUGAUCCAUGUCCAACACCUUUUUAUCAACAAAAAUUGGAUGAUUCUGAGCGUGAAAAGAUGAAAGAAGAGGCAAAGGCUAGCGGAGACAAUGCUACAGGCUCCACAACAAGGAGACGUAAAAGGCUGGAUGAUAAAGACAAGCUGAUUUAUGCACCGAUGUCUGAUGUCGGAGGCGUAUUAAUGGAUAAGGAUGCUGUUUAUAUUGACGUUGGGAAGAAAAAUGAAGAACCAAGUUUUGUCCCCGGUCAAGAAAGAGGUGAAGGUGAAAAGCUUAUGACGGGCCUGCAAAGUGUUGAGCAAAGCAUUGCCGAAAAAUUUGAUGGUGUCGGUUUACAGUUGUUCACUAACGGUACUGAACUUCAUGAAGUUGCCGAAGAUGAAACUAUGAGUGCAGAAGAAGAUGAACAAUUUACUGAGGGUGAUGAGGGUAAAAGCAAGGGAAGAACAAGUCUCAGGAAACCAAGAAUUUAUGGUAAGUCAGUUCAGGACGAAGAUGCAGAUAUUGAUAACUUACCAAGCGAUGAAGAAGUUAACCCAAAUGAUGAUGAUAUGGAGAAUUUCGAACCAAAGAUGAUGGAAAUCGAUUUUAACAAUGUCAAUGAACGAGCUCCUGAGAAAUUAUCUCUGGAAACGGAUUCUGAGUUCGAAGAGAGUGAAGACGAGUUCUCAUGGGAAAGAACUGCAGCAAAUAAACUUAAGAAAACUGAGAAUAAGAAAAGAACUUGGAAUAUUGGCAAGCUGAUAUACAUGGAUAACAUUUCACCUAAAGAGUGUAUAAGAAGAUGGAGGGGUGAGGAUGAUGACAACGAGCGCGAAAGUGACAUUGAAGAAGAUGUAGAUGAUGACUUUUUCAAGAAAAAGGAUGGGACGGUUACAAAAAAGGAUAUUAAAGAAGAUACCAUUGAUUUGGAAAAGUUUGCUCCCUAUUUUGAUACUUUCGAGAAACUGUCUAAAAAAUGGAACAACGUUGAUUCAAUCAAAGACCGAUUCAUUAGUGCGGGGACAUUAGACAGGGAAAAAACAAAGAAAGCCUCUAAUGAAGAUGAGGAAGAAUUAUACGGUGAUUUCGAAGACUUAGAAAAUGAGAAUGAUUCUGAACAUGCCCAAGAUAAUAGUGAUCAAGAAAGCGAAGGCGAGAGUGAAAAUGAAGAAUCAGAUGAAGAUGGAGAUGACAACUCCUUUACUAAUUUUGACGCGGAAGAGAAAAAGGACCUGACUAUGGAACAAGAAAGAGAAUUAAAUGCCACCAAAAAAGAGAAACUACGUGCACAGUUUGAGAUAGAAGAAGGUGAAAACUUCAAGGAAGAUGACGAAAAUAAUGAAUACGAUACAUGGUAUGAACUACAAAAGGCUAAGAUAUCCAAACAGUUAGAAAUCAACAAUAUGGAAUACCAAGAAAUGACUCCAGAACAACGUCAAAGAAUAGAAGGUUUCAAAGCAGGCUCUUAUGUACGCAUUGUUUUCGAGAAAGUUCCAAUGGAAUUUAUUAAAAAUUUCAACCCGAAAUUCCCCAUCGUUAUGGGCGGUUUAUUGCCAACUGAGCUAAAAUUUGGUAUUGUCAAAGCUAGGUUGAGAAGGCAUCGUUGGCACAAAAAGAUUUUAAAGACCAACGAUCCAUUGGUGUUGUCCUUAGGUUGGAGAAGGUUCCAAACCUUACCAAUUUACACUACAAGUGACUCCAGAACCAGAACGAGAAUGUUGAAGUAUACACCAGAACAUACUUAUUGUAAUGCAGCCUUCUACGGUCCUUUGUGUUCUCCUAACACACCUUUCUGUGGUGUUCAAAUUGUUGCCAAUAGUGAUACUGGAAACGGUUUCAGAAUUGCAGCAACUGGUAUUGUCGAAGAAAUUGACGUUAAUGUCGAAAUUGUAAAAAAGUUAAAAUUAGUAGGCUUUCCUUAUAAAGUUUUCAAAAACACAGCCUUUAUAAAAGAUAUGUUUUCAAGUGCUAUGGAAGUCGCUAGGUUUGAGGGUGCACAGAUCAAAACCGUUUCAGGUAUUCGUGGUGAAAUUAAAAGAGCUCUUUCAAAACCUGAAGGUCAUUUUAGAGCUGCUUUUGAAGACAAAAUCCUAAUGAGUGAUAUUGUAAUUCUAAGGUCGUGGUAUCCUGUUCAUGUUAAGAAAUUCUAUAACCCUGUUACUUCUUUACUGUUGGAGAAGAAAACUGAAUGGAAAGGUUUAAGAUUAACAGGUCAAAUAAGAGCUGCUAUGAGCUUGGAAACACCAUCAAACCCAGAUAGUGCAUACCAAAAGAUAGAGCGUGUUGAAAGGCACUUUAACGGCUUAAAAGUUCCAAAAGCUGUUCAAAAGGACUUACCAUUUAAAUCUCAAAUCCAUCAAAUGAAACCGCAAAAGAAGAAGACUUACAUGGCUAAGAGAGCUGUGGUGCUAGGUGGUGAUGAAAAAAAGGCAAGGUCAUUUAUGCAAAAAGUGUUGACGAUCUCGAGAGCUAAAGACAGCAAGAGAAAGGAGCAAAAGGCUGUUCAACGUAAGGAAAGAUUAAAAAAAUUGGCCAAGAUGGAGGAAGAAAAGGCACAAAAGGAUAAAGAGAAGAAAAAAGAAUACUUCGCUAAGAAUGGUAAGAGAACAACCAUGGAUGGUGAAAACGAAUCUCGUCCGCGGAAGAUGAGGAGAUAG